CCGGGAUGUCCUGUCCCCAGAUAUCAAGGGUUGACUAAACUCUCGCGAUAGCUGAUCUGUCCGGACAAAUGGCUGGAGUGCUGUGUCGUAGUGUCCAGGUACUGGGUAGAGGGUUGCGGCCCUGCCUGGUUACAUCCCACAAUCUCCAUUGUCGUCUAAAAUCUUCUAAAGCCGAUGUGUUGGCUGCAGCGCCCAAGGAAGGAGCGAUAUAUGCGCCCCUGGAGACGUUCACAGAAGAAGAGGGAAUGCUGCGAGACAUGGUACGAAAAUUUGCCCAGGACCGGAUCGCCCCACUUGUGAAAACCAUGGAUGCCAAUUCAAAAAUGGACAAUUCAGUCAUUCAGGGAUUAUUUGAGCUUGGGCUGAUGGGUAUAGAUGUGGACCCCAAGUAUGGCGGCACAGGAGCAUCUUUUUUCUCCUCCAUUCUUGUGAUUGAAGAGUUGGCCAAGGUGGACCCAUCUGUGUCAGUUUUCUGUGACAUUCAGAACACCCUCAUCACCUCUUUGUUCGAGCAGCUAGGUACAGAGGAACAGAAAGAGACUUACCUGCCCAGGCUUUGCAAAGACUUGGUGGGCAGUUUCUGUCUGUCGGAGGCUGGUUCUGGCAGCGAUGCUUUCUCCCUGAAAACCACAGCUCAGAGGCACAAGGAUUAUUACCUGAUCAACGGCUCCAAGAUGUGGAUCAGUAACUCGGAGCAGGCCGGAGUCUUCCUUGUGAUGGCAAAUGCUGACGUGUCAGCUGGAUACCGAGGAAUCACGUGCUUCAUUGUUCCCAAGGAAACAGAAGGUUUCCAUAUUGGAAAAAAAGAGGAUAAACUAGGACUUAGAGCGUCUUCAACAUGUGCACUGACCUUUGAUAAUGUGAAGGUUCCAGCAAGCAGUGUUCUUGGCAAGCUUGGUCACGGCUAUAAAUACGCCAUAGGAAUGCUGAAUGAAGGCCGGAUUGGAAUUGCAGCCCAGAUGGUGGGCUUGGCGCAGGGCUGCUUUGACAACACCAUCCCGUACACCAAACAGAGGAUUCAGUUUGGAAAGAGAAUAUUUGACUUUCAGGGCAUGCAGCACCAGAUCUCACACAUAGCGACCCAGCUGGAAGCUGCACGACUACUCACGUACAACGCUGCCAGACUGAAGGAGGCAAGGAGACCCUUCAAGAAGGAGGCAUGCAUGGCGAAGUACUUCGCAUCUGAGGUGGCUGGAAUGACCACUAGUAAAUGUUUGGAGUGGAUGGGAGGUGUCGGUUUUACAAAGGACUAUCCCAUUGAAAAGUAUUACAGAGAUGCAAAGAUAGGUACAAUAUACGAGGGAACCUCCAACAUCCAGCUGAGCACGAUUGCCAAGUUCAUAGACCAGGAGUACUGAAAAGCAGCCUUAAGGCGUCCGAACCGUUGUCACGCUCAUAGGCUGACCCUCUAAGAGCUGACACUUGCUUCUCGAACAUGAAUGUCCACAUCUGUAUGAAUGCAAAAUCCUCAUCCAAUCGACCAAUACCAUGGACUUUGCCACUACCUCAGUAAUUCACUCACUAGUCUUCUGUAGGAAGGUAUAUGAGUUUUAAAAGAAUCUUUACUGAUUACCCCAUAAGAAGGGUUUUGGUAAAGCUGGUGUAACCUUGCUAAACUGCAAAAUAUUACUUCUGUAAUAUUACUUCCACUGCUCUGUCCUGCUUUCUUAAUGGACUCCUUCUGAAGAAACCUUUUGGUACAAGGCAAACUUUUGGAAUUAUCCUUCUAUUACUGUUAUAUGUCUGGAUCGUAAAUUGGUCUCUCAUAAUGCUCUUGUUAGGGCAUAUAGGAAUCAUGGAUAGGGGGGCAUGUCCUGCGCACAGGACCCCCUACCCUCUAUGAGUCAGAUAUGAGAGAUGCUCAGGUGCUUUAUAUGAUUUAAAAUGUAUCUAAACCACAAAACCGUAAUUGGAUACCAGCGCUGCCGCCGUAAAAGCUUCACCAAGUUGCAAUAAGAGAGUUUUGUCACUGCUGGGUCCGUGAGGGUUAACUGCUGGUACCCUUAAUGUCGCAAAAGACUAAUGGUUAAAAAAGGGGGGAACCCGCGCUGACUGUAAACAAAUCCAACCAAUAUAUACAGAGAACAAGUACUUGCCGUUAGCGAAGUAAAAUAGAUCCCAUCCAGAUGUAA